AAAACAACAACUCUGCUGUCUGCUUUUACACGAGAGCCAAGACUGGCGAUUUGGCGAAGACCGACUUUCAACAAAAAAUUGGCAUCAGCAACAGCACUAACAGCAGUAUUAGAUCUGCACUUCUGCAGCUGACUUUGGAAGACUGACUUCCCGCAUCGAGGGAAAUGACGACCUUAUCAAGAAUAGUAUCAGACACCAGUUUGGGGGAACCAGAACAGGACGCUAACUCUGCCCUGACGGUACUUGACAAGGGCCUGAGGUCAGCAAAUGUUGGCGAGCAAUGCGAGGCGAUUGUGCGCUAUCCAAGACUGUUUGAAAAGUAUCCUUUCCCUAUAUUAAUCAAUUCCUCAUUUCUCAAACUAGCAGACGUUUUCCGAAAUGGAAAUAACUUCAUGAGAGUUUGGGUAUUGCGAGUGUGUCAGCAAAGUGAGCGACAUUUGGACAAAAUUAUCAGCAUUGACGACUUUGUUAGAAAGAUUUAUGGAGUUAUUCAUUGCAAUGAUCCUAUUGCCCGAGCUCUGACUCUUCAUGUGCUGGGCAGUGUGGCCAGUAUAAUCCCUGAAAGAGAGCAAGUCCACCACAGCAUCCGAAACAGUCUUGAAUCACAUGACACAGUUGAAGUCCUUGCAGCUGUUUACGCUGCAUCCAAAUUCGCGGCACACAGCAGGACAUUUGCUGUCAGUAUGUGCAAUAAAAUAGCUGCCAUGAUCAAGGGCCUAGAUACUCCCGCCGAGCUGAAGUUACGUCUCAUUCCUGUCCUCCAACACAUGCACUACUCCACCUCAACUGCAGCAAUGGUCCGAGAGCUUGGAGGCGAACUUCUACAGAGCUAUCCAGCCAAAGAGUUUCUGCUAACCUCUCUGGACACCCUGACUAAACUGGCAAAGGAAGCACUUGUUGAUAUUCCUCAUCAGGUUUCCCUAUUGCUCUUCAGUCUGGAAGGCGAGUCACGAGUGGCAGUGCAGAAGCACAUUUUCUGGGAACUGAAAAUCUUAGCUAAAGAGGGUGCUGCCCACUGGACAGCUGCUUCCGUGGCUGCACUAGUGUCUAAAGCACACAGCUUCUUGUCCAGUUCAAAGAAAAAACGCCUGUUAGCUGCUGCCCUUGAAGUGCUCGUCGUCCUCUCACAGUCUGCCUCCACAUGCCAUGAGCAGAUGCAUCCUGAAUCUGCUCUUAUGGAACUCUGCAUCCAAAGCUCCAGUGCACUCGAGCCGCAAAUCGUGAGCAAGGCCGUGAAAAUUCUUACAAAUAUCAACUGUCACCGCUACGAAGCACAUCUUUCGCAGUUACCCAAUGAAGAUGCUCUGGAGUUAGCCCUGGAGUCGUUCCUCAUGUUCUUGAUGUCGAGAGAAGAUGAUAAACACAUUCCUCAGUUAAAAACAUCCUUAAAAUGCAUGGUGCAGCUCUGCGAGGCAUGUUCGGGACGCUGUCUUUUCUUUGUCAAGCUGAUAUCUGAACAAAUUCCCAAAAGGAAGGGCGAGUCUCUGUAUCUUCUGCUUGAGACUUUGGUCGCUAUGGCUAGCUUCUGUCCUAGUGUGAAUGGAAAACCACUUCUACUAGAAAUUCUACCUGAACUCAUCAAGUGCAUUUCCAAGCUUCCAGAGGACGAAAAAAGGGGCUCCAUUGUUCCCACCCUGAUACUGCAGACCUGUCAAGGCCACACACUCACCCCUGAAAUUAGUAGUUGUUUAUACAAAUACUCGCAAAAAUGUCAAAUUUGGGAGUGCUUCAGGCUCGCUCGGAGCUCAAUGCGGUUUGGACAACACAUGCUUUCUGUGCCCGCAAUUAUUCGCCUUAUUAACUACGUCAGCUCUGAAACGUCGCACUUUUGGCUGAGUUGCCUGAAAAAUAUUAGCCUGGCUGAGUGUGCUCUGAUGAAUGAACAGCCACUUAAUGGAGCUUCCAUGCCAGAGGCGAAACAAACAAGUCUUCUGCAAGGCUUGUCAUUCGCCUGCAACCAUUACUCCAAAGCUAUUGCUGCAGUCAAGGCGACUGGCUCUCCACACCAGUCUCUACAGUUUGCCGCUGACUACCUUCGAGUGAGGACAGACACUUUACUGUGCUUCUCACAACUGGUGCAGUCGUGCAUCUCCUUCCACCAUCCACCACCAGCUAUCGCCCUGAACCAGGCUCAGGUGGGCAAUGAUGAGUUCCUGCGACACGGGCGCACCACCACGCAGUUGAGAAAGAGCGCGUCAGAGUUGCGAGCAAUCGCUAACAAUUACCAUAGAUUAGCUCAGUCUGCUUUCGACGCAGACCCGAAGACCUUAGCCAACAUUCAAAUCUUGAAGAAUAUGUGCCUGAUGAUGUCACAGAGCAUAGAAUGUAUGGUCUAUCCCAACUACCAGGACAAAGACCUUAUUGACUUUGGGGAGAUUAAAGACUGCCCAGAAAUGCACCACCUUGUUAGCAGCUGCAAGAGUGCUAUGAAAAUUACAGAAGACCUGCGGAAUGAUACCACUUGCAAACCCAUCACCAGCAGGCACACUGACACUCUGAUGCAACUAGUUAAAAUGAUAACAUCAUCGCCGCUCUGCCUGCCAAGGUACUUCUUCCAAGUGCUUCAAUGCACUUUAGUGAAGCUAUCUAUUACUCCGCAAGGGAAACUGUCAGAAAUUUCAGUGGCUGCCAACUCUCAAUUAGUGCUGCAUGUCGAAGGAGUGUGCCAGCAUUUGGGAACUCCUGGUCUCUUCAGGAGCAUCAAGGGUAUCCACCUGGCACUUUCAAACACAUUCCUGUCUCCACGAAGCAUUGAUUUGAAUAGAGAAAUGUGCAACAUGAGCCAAGUUGUGAAUCCACACCACGACUUUUUCUCUGCGCAGUUUCUCCUUUCCUUUUCUCAAGGUGGGUCGUAUCAAAUAUCCAUCACUGCCUCCAUAGUGGAUGAGGAAGGAAUGACUUGGAACACAGGACCGAAAACUCAAUUUAAUGCGAAAGCAUGUGAGGACCUACCGCUACCCACACAGCAGGUUCAGAUGAAGAUGCUUUACCCAGAUUCGCAAGCAAACAUGAGACCAAGAUUCUAAACUAUAAUUAUGUGCAGUUUCGUUAUAUACAGGAGUAAAAUUCAAAAAUAGGAUUUAUUCAUAAAUCAAGUGUGUAAUAACUACUAACUAAGAUUUUUUAAAUAAAUAUCUUUAAUAAUAUAUA